AUGGAAAAUGAGGAUCACACCGCCAACGUUCUGCAGAAGCACGUUAUGUUCUUCGACCGAAAUAAUGAUGGGAUUAUUUAUCCCUCUGAAACUUUUGAAGGUUUUCGAGCAAUUGGAUGUGGGCUUUUGUUGUCGUCUGCUGCCGCCGUGUUUAUCAACGUUGGCCUUAGUAGAAAAACACGACCGGGGCAACCGUUCUCUAUCCAUUUUCCGAUCGAUGUGAAAAACAUUCAGUUGGCCAAGCAUGGAAGCGACUCUGGCGUUUACGACACACAAGGAAGGUUUGUCCCGGUAAAAUUCGAGGAAAUAUUCGUCCAGCAUGCACGAACUCAUCCAAAUGCCUUGACAUCUGACGAGCUCAAAAGUUUCAUAAAAUCGAACAGGGAGCCCAAGGACUAUGCUGGAUGGAUCGCUGGCCUAGUGGAGUGGAGAAUACUGUAUUACCUUUGCAAAGACAAAGAGGGCUUGCUUCACAAAGACAUCGUUCGAGCUGCUUAUGAUGGAAGCCUUUUCGAACAUUUGGCCAAGGAGGAAGCAUCUAAGAAGCAAAAAAGAAAAGCUUCUAAUGUUGGGUGA